AUGGAAAACUGUACGAACAGCAGACUUUUAGAAAACAUCUCACUUAUAGAUGUGUACCUAUCGAUUAUCGAAAUUGUUAUACUGAGUAUUUCUUUAGUCCUCAACGUCAUCAUCGUCGCCAGUGUCUGUUGUAGCCCCCGUCUGCACACGUUCUCAAACAUCUUCGUUGUUUCUCUAGCCGUCAGUGAUAUACUCUUUGCAGCAGCCUCUGAGUCGCCAUCUGCAAUCGUUCUAUACGUCGCAAAUACACGCCAGGAAUUGCCAUGUUCAUUAGCUUUGCAAUGCAUGUGUUUAUAUUUAGUAUUCUGCAGCUUGAUCUGUAGUCGAUUUGGUCAUUUGGUUGUUAUUGUAGAACGAUGGCUCUACAUCGCUUGGCCGUUUGUGCAUCAAAGGGUGAUAACUACAAAAUCAACCAUCUGCUGUCUGAUAUUCGUUUGCAUGAUAUCCAUGUUAUCAGGCGUGCAUGUUAUCACAGAUUGCGGGAACAGUCGCGUGGAGUUUAUGAUUGGCUACGCUACUGUGGAUGUAUAUAUCCACUUUGUUGUAAGUGGGUUAAUGUUGGUCAUUUAUGUCCGCAUCGGAUUUAUCAUUCGAAGACAAAGUGUGGCUAUUCUUAAAUUUCAGCUGACUGCAAACAGUAGUGUUGGUAACCCAAAUAGAAGGAUGACCUGGAACAUCGUUCGUUUGCCCAUUACUAUAUUCGGGACAUUCUUUUUGUCCGUAACUCCAUUUGUGGUUGGUAAUAUUUACGUGUAUGUCUUAAUCGGGAAUCCAUCGUAUUACAGAAAUUAUACUGCGUAUGAUGUCCUCAGAAUAAUAUCAUUGUUUCACACCUGGACCAACUUCUUCGUCUACGUGUUACAGGAUAAAGAUUUCAGAACGGUUCUCAAAUGCUACCUGAUAAAAAUCGGAAAUGCAGUUUUGCGUCCAAAAAUUUACCCAGUUAAUUGA